GGGGGCGCUUCACUCCACUUUUGUGUCCGGAAGUUUGUAUUUGAAGCUCAGUCAGUCUUUGUUAUUUACAAGUGGAGUCCAAAACCUAACAUUUUUGUCUUUUUCCGUAUUUCCCCCAAGAUGUGGGUUCCACGUUAAGACUACAAUUUGAUUUACCAUGAGUUCACAGUCGGCCCAUCCUUCAACUUCUACCUCUUCGGGCCGGACCCCAUCUGGAGAGAGUAAUCAGGUACAACCAAAAGUCCCGCUGCUGCAGAUUCUGCGUGUAGCUGGAGCACAGGAGGAUGUCUUCACACUCAAAGAGGUGAUGCAUUACUUGGGUCAGUACAUCAUAGAGAAGCAACUAUACGACAAACAGAGGCAGCACAUUGUUCACUGCCAGGACGAUCCUUUGGGAGAACUGCUGGAAGUUGAGAGCUUCUCUGUGAAAAAUCCGAGCCCAGUGUAUGCGAUGCUCAAGAAAUACUUAGUUGUGCUUAGUUGUGCUGACGCUGCAGAGAAUCUUUCAGUGGGCCGUGAGUGUGUAGAGGGCGGAGUGGAAGAUCCUGGUCAGGCAUGUGGAGGUGUGGUCAAAGCAGGAGUGGCAGCUGACAGUGACAGUCCUCUUCUGCAGACCCCCUCCCAGAGACGACCUCGAGAUCCAGAUGAUGAGUCUGCUGAAGGCCUGCCACGCUCGGCCUCCAAACGUCCCAAACUGGAUGUUACCCUCGACGAGUGGGACCUCUCGGGUCUGCCUUGGUGGUUUCUGGGUAAUCUUCGUAAUAACUACAGUCGAAGGAGCAACGGCUCCACUGACAUUCACACAAACCAACUGUCUGUCGCACAGGAGGACACAGCCGUUGUGUCGGACACCACAGAAGACCUCUGGUUCCUGACCGAGGCCGAGAGCGAACAGGUGAGUGUGGAAAUGAAAGAAGCUGCUCUGGCAGAAGGAAGUGGAGGAGAAGAAGGAUCACUCGACGGUGAUUAUGGAGGAGGGAAAGAGGAGAAGGCAGACCGGGAGAUGCAGGAGGAGCCUGAUGAAGACUCCCAGUGUCUGAGUGAUGACACCGACAUAGAGAUCUCCACACAGGAUGCGUGGCAGUGCACAGAGUGCAAGAAAUAUAACACACCUCUCCAGAGGUACUGCGUCCGCUGCUGGGCUCUACGUAGAAACUGGUACAAAGACGUCCCGCGACUCGCUCAUUCCCUGUCUGUCCCUGACAUCCCAGCAUGCACCUCUCUUUCCACCCACGGUGACGAAGAUGACAGCAACACAGGCAUCGAUGUCCCAGACUGCAGCAGAACCGUGUCUGAUCCGGUCAUCCUGCCCUCCCACUCCACGGCCGACCGACCCGUGUCCACCGUGGUUGAGGGUAAAGGCAAGGGGCCGCACCCGUCUGGCCACCUCGCGGAGGGGGAGAGUCAGGAAAGUUUGGGUAUGGAAGUUGAAAACAUGCGACCAGAGGCGUUGUUGGAGCCUUGCAAGCUGUGUCGAGUGCGACCCCGUAACGGGUGCGUCCUACACGGACGUACAGCUCACCUUCUCACAUGCUUCAAGUGUGCGAAGAGGCUGCACAAGUUCCAGGCGCCUUGUCCAGGAUGUGGAAUGAUUAUUCAGAACGUUAUUAAGGUAUUUGUCCUUUGAAAAGCAGAUAAAUUGAUUAGUCAGAGUUAAGGAAUCUAAACAAAGAUACAUAUGAGCUAACAUAGAAGGUAAAAAAAUAAAUUAUGACACUCAUAGAAAUGCCUGUUUAUAUAGAUGCAUAAGCAGAAGCUGCACCUUAUUCAUUUAGAACAUCUACAGAGAUGAAUUGCAUCACUUGGUGAAGCUUGCUCUUCAUGCUGCAUCACACUGCCUGUGAAGUAUUUGAUGCAGCCUUGGACAAGGGAGCAUGUACCAGAUGUUUGUUUUGUUGAGAUAUUUAAUAUAAGGGACAAGGCAGAAGUAUUUAUAAAUGCUCAUAAGAAGUAAACUGUUGUGGGCAAUUUCAUGAAGGCUUAUUUUGUUUGUCUUUAAUUUUAAGACCGAGUUCUCUUAACACCGAUCCUUGUUUAAUUUUGAAGUAAUUUGAAAUUGAGUGAUGUGUUUUUCCGUCUGCGCUGUUUUGUUUUUUUCUCCCCUCCACAGAUUGACGUCAGUCAUACAGACGAACAUUUAACAGUCAGGUGCGUAGUGCAAAAUAGCUCAAGCUUUUUUGAUUUUCCGUGUUGUGAUUCAGAGCGGAGUUGCUGUAUAAAGAGCUUGCACGUUUUUUUUUGUUUUAGCAGCUCCAGGAUCUAUAAACGCCUUCUUUCGAACCUUUUUAGAUGUGUGUUUUCAGCAAAAGUAAAUAUCUUGUAGAAUAGCUAAAUACCUACGUGGCACCGGUAGGUUUGUAUCGUUUAGUGGGUAGUUUGAGUUAAAUAUUUACAAUUACUAAUAAACCUGUCGGUUACAUCUACAAAAUACCCCUUAAUUUUUGGUUUCUGUUAUGAUGUUCUCCAAUUUAUUUUCAUCACACUUGAGUUAAAUACAGAGUUGAAUAGUAUGUAAUUUAUUUGAGACGUCGCUUGUAAUACAGUGCUAAUGUGUAAAUUUACUGUUUUUUUUUUUUUAACUGGGAGUUUGAUUUAAAUGUUUCACUGCCAUAUAACGACUCUAACCUUGCAUUUGUGUACAUUUUAUUUGAAUGGUUCUGAAUUGUGUAACGUGCCGCUGGACCUUCUUGAUGCACAGAUUUAUUUUUUUUAAGCCUUUUACGUGUGCUUUAUCUUUCUGCCAGCAGAUGGAGUUAUUUUAGUCUUGUUAAUAUCUGCAAAAACAUCAGAAAUAACCUGUGAUACACUUGAAGCAUGCCUGUUGUCAUGACUAGAACCUGCACAGAGCUGCUUUGAAACACGACUUGUUAUAUAUAUAUAUAUAUAUAUAUAUAUAUAUUUAAAAAAAAAAAGAAGUAAAGACGAUUAUAUUUAUCAGCAUUAUUAGGCAUAAAAAGUAAUUGUAACAACGUAUAAACCUUGUGACUAAAUGCAGAAGGAUGGUGGCACAAUUGGUCAAAUUUGGUACUUUUUGUUUUGGUUACAGUUUAAAUGUUUUGUUGAGCAAUAAAAAGUUGCAAGUUC